AUGACGCUGUUUAUCCUCGCAGAAACCAGCGCUGGCUAUGCGCUGCUCAAGGCCAAGGACAAGAAGCUACUCAAGCGCCAUGAUAUUGUAGCGGAAACUCAGACCGCGGAGGGUGUGUCGAAUCUUAUGAAAUUGAAGAAUUUCCAAAAGUUCGAUAGUGCGGCCACAGCUUUGGAAGAAACCGCGUCUCUAGUGGAAGGGAAAGUUACACCUCGAUUGGCAAAUCUUCUUGAAUCUAUUAAAGAUGAGAAGAAGGUCUCCUUGGCUGUUGCAGACCCAAAACUUGGAAAUGCCAUUGCAAAACUUCCCCUCGCCAUCCAGCCAAUUGCAGACUCCACAACCACGGAUCUCUACCGCGCAAUCCGGGAGCACCUCCCCACUCUGAUCCCAGGCCUCUUACCAGGGGAUAUGUCCACUAUGUCCCUGGGUUUGUCCCACUCUCUAGCCCGCCACAAACUCAAAUUCUCCCCCGACAAAAUCGACACCAUGAUUGUCCAGGCCAUUGCCUUGCUUGAUGACCUCGACAAGGAACUCAACACUUACGCCAUGCGCGUCAAGGAGUGGUACGGCUGGCAUUUCCCGGAGCUCGCCAAGAUUCUGAACGACAACAUCGCCUACUCCAAGGUGGUGCUAAAAGUGGGUAUGCGCUCUAAUUUUGGGGAAACCGAUCUUGCCGAGAUCUUGCCAGAGGAAAUUGAGGCUGUUGUAAAGGCCGCGGCGGAUCGGUCGAUGGGUACGGAAAUCUCCAACGAAGAUCUUGAUAAUAUUCAGGCCCUGGCGGAGGAGGUCAUUGGCUUCUCGACGUACCGCCAACAGCUUGCAAGCUAUCUGGCUGCCCGAAUGACGGCCAUCGCACCCAAUCUUACAGCGCUGGUGGGAGAACUGGUCGGGGCUCGAUUGAUCGCUCAUGCUGGCAGCUUGGUAAACCUAUCCAAGAGUCCUGCCAGUACCAUUCAAAUUCUGGGAGCGGAAAAGGCUCUUUUCCGUGCUUUGAAGACCAAGCAUGACACCCCCAAAUAUGGCCUAAUUUACCAUGCGUCCCUGAUCGGACAGGCCACCGGCAAAAACAAGGGUAAGAUGGCUCGUUAUUUGGCAGCAAAGGCAGCUAUUGGUCUUCGCGUCGAUGCCUUGACUGAUUGGCCUGUCGAUGCUGAUGGAAAUGAACCCACUGAGGAAGAGAAGGCUGCUCUCGGUAUGCAAUCGCGGUACUAUCUCGAGAAGAAACUGGCGGCUAUGGAAGGCAAACCCAUAAAGCCAAGAGGGGUCGGUAUUGCACCAAACGGUAUUCCUACAGCCCAGCCUAAGAAAUGGGAGAUCAACGAAGCUAGAAAGUAUAACCCCGAUGCGGAUGGGUUUGCUGGGGACGAGGACCUUGCCGAAUCAUCGCCAAAGAAGCAGAAGAAAGAGAAGAAGGACAAGAAAAAGAAAUUGGUUGAGGAAAUUAAGGAAUCUGAAGAUGGAAGUGAGAGUGAGGAAGAGUCGGAUGAAGAUGUGGAGAUGGCGGAUAAGUCCGCAACCAAUGGGUCGAUGGCUGAUGCUAAUGCGUCAUCUGAAGAACGGUCGGACAGGGAAGAGAAAUCGAAGAAGUCGAAGGAAAAGUCUCUAGAGAAGAAAUCUAAGAAGGAAGAUAAAAAAUCGAAGAAGCAGAAGAGUGGCAGUGGUCCGAGUGUGGAGGAAAUGGCUGCAAAGGCAGGACUCAGCGUUAGCCGGUAUCAACGCAAACUCGAGCGAGGGGAGAUCGUUUUUGAUAGCGAAGGGAACCCAUCGUAUAUUAGCAAGAAGGACUUGAAAAAGGCGAAAAAGGAAGCGAAGAAGGCUGCUAAGGCAGCGGAAAAGGAGGCUGGUAAGAAGCGAAAACGGGCUGAGGAGGACGAUGAGAAAAAAACGAAGAAGAAGAGUAAAGUGUGA